GCCCAGUUCCGCUGGCAUUUAACUGAAGGCGCCGCCCCCUUUUUCCUCACUAUCCGCUGCUUUCAUAUUUUUGGUUUGACUGCGACAGCUGCCAAUGUGUUCUUCAUCUUCGUGAAGUUGGGACAAAACUGAAGGCAUGCCGCUCGCUCGCAGCCUCUCUGUCACGUCCCUGUCAGGACUGGAGGAAUGGGACGAAGAGUUUGAUUUGGAGGACGCUGUUCUCUUUGAAAUUGCGUGGGAGGUCGCUAACAAAGUUGGAGGCAUCUACACAGUCAUCCAGACCAAAGCCCGUCUGACCGCAGAGGAAUGGGGGGAGAACUAUUUCCUGGUGGGUCCCUACGUGGAGAGCAACGUGCGCACUCAGGUGGAGCUGAUCGAGCCCACUAACCCAGUGCUGAAGAGAACCAUUGACAAGAUGAACUCCAGUGGGUGUAAGGUCUACUUUGGGCGGUGGCUUAUCGAGGGCAGUCCCUAUGUGGUUCUGAUUGAUGUCGCGUUCACCGCCUGGUCUCUGGACAGCUGGAAGAGCGAGUUGUGGGAGCUUUGUGACAUCGGCGUGCCAUGGUUUGACCGUGAGGCAAACGAUGCCGUGCUAUUUGGCUUCCUGACGGCCUGGCUUCUGGGAGAGUAUGCAGCCCAGAGUGAGGAGCCUCCACACAUCGUGGCUCAUUUCCAUGAAUGGUUGGCCGGGCUGGGCCUGGUGUUGUGUAGACAUAGAAAGCUGCCCAUCGCAACCAUCUUCACUACUCACGCCACACUGCUGGGAAGAUACCUGUGUGCUGGAAAUGUGGACUUCUAUAACAAACUUGCAGAUUUCAACCUGGAUAAGGAAGCAGGCGAUAGACAGAUCUACCAUCGCUACUGUUUGGAGCGGGCGGCUGCACACUGUGCACAUGUCUUCACCACUGUAUCACAGAUCACUGCCAUCGAGGCAGAGUACCUGCUCAACAGGAAACCAGACAUUAUCACUCCCAACGGGCUCAAUGUGAAGAAAUUCUCAGCAGUGCACGAGUUUCAGAACCUCCACGCUCAGAGCAAGAAUCGGAUUCAGGAGUUCGUCAGAGGACACUUCUACGGGCACCUUGACUUCAACCUGGACAAGUGUUUGUUCCUCUUCAUUGCUGGAAGGUAUGAGUUCUCAAACAAAGGAGCCGACAUCUUCUUGGAAGCUUUGGCCAGACUGAACUAUCUAUUGAGGGUCAACCACAGUGACGUGACCGUCGUUGCCUUCUUCAUCAUGCCAGCGAGGACGAACAACUUCAAUGUGGAGACGUUGAAAGGCCAAGCGGUCAGGAAACAGCUCUGGGAUACGGCUCAGACUGUGAAGGAACGUUUCGGGAAGAAACUUUAUGAGUCACUUCUAGUUGGGCAGCUGCCAGAUGUGUCGAAGAUGCUGGACAAAGAGGAUUUCACCAUAAUGAAGCGUGCCAUCUUCGCGACUCAGAGACAAUGCCAGCCUCCAGUCUGCACCCAUAACAUGCUGGAGGACAGCGGCGACCCCAUCCUUAACUGUGUCCGUCGUAUCGGCCUCUUCAACAGCUCUGCUGACCGCGUCAAGAUUAUCUUCCAUCCGGAGUUCCUUUCGUCCACCUCUCCUCUACUUCCAAUGGAUUAUGAGGAGUUUGUAAGAGGCUGCCACCUGGGCGUCUUCCCCUCUUACUAUGAGCCUUGGGGCUACACUCCAGCUGAGUGCACAGUCAUGGGAAUUCCAUCAAUCUCAACUAACCUGUCGGGCUUUGGCUGUUUCAUGGAGGAACACAUAGCAGACCCCUCAGCAUAUGGUAUUUACAUCUUGGACCGGCGGUAUCAGGGGGUCGACGAGUCGUGUAACCAGCUCACGUCCUUCCUGUUUCAGUUUUGCAAGCAGAGCCGGCGCCAGCGGAUUAUCCAGAGGAACCGGACUGAGCGUCUGAGCGAACUCUUGGACUGGAGAUACCUCGGCAGGUAUUAUAUAUCUGCCCGUCAUAUGGCCUUGGCUAAAGCCUUCCCCGACACCUACAUGUAUGAAUUUCAUGAGCCCACCUCAACCUCAGGUUUCCGUUACCCCCGACCGGCCUCUGUGCCACCAUCUCCAGCUCUGUCCCGCCACUCCUCCCCUCACCACAGCGAGGCUGAGGACAACGAUGAAGACGAACGUUACGAUGAGGAUCUGGAGGCAGAAAAGGACCGAAAGAACAUCCGCCAGCCCUACGCCCUGCCAGUCAAAAAUAAAUCUUCUGUUGUCCUGGGGGCCAAUGGAAAUGGGGACACGAGUGACAAAUAUUGAGAAAUGCACACAUACGUACAUGUUAAACCUCACUAGUGAAACUUCCUUGUGGCAAUCCUUAAAGUCAUCCAUGUACUUUAUAAAUGAGUGCACUUGUGUGAAUGCGAGUGAUACAUUUAAUAUCGACUUGUUGUGAAAAAUAGCAUCACUUUCCCAACCUGUUUGUACCUCAGGCUUUUUAAAAACAUAUCUGUAUUUUUGGUAUUGUUUCAGUUACACCAGCAGUGCAACUAGUGGUUUGCGUUGUGGAGUAAGUGCAGCAGCUAGAAAGGGCUAAAUGAUGGCUCGACGUGGAAAACAAAUAAAGAUUGCUGGAUUUUGUAGUGUACUAACACUGAAUAACACACUGUAGAUCUAAAGAAUUAGUGUAUUAAAUUGAGUGAGGGGGGGGGUUUUAUACUUGAUUUUAAAGGUGGGGUUACAAAAACCCUCACCCUCCUUUAACCAGAUUAUCUUCUUUACACAUUUAAAGCCAUUUUUCCUGGUUAAAAAAAAAUCACUCGUGAAGACUGUUUCAGUUGCUGUGAGUAACCACAAAGAGCACUUAUAACAUUUUACUUGUGUGAUGAUGCAGUCGUCAACAUUGUAGCAUCUUUCUUUCACAUGCCUUGUUUAAUACAAAACUUCCCAGAAUGGAAAUAAAAAGUAGAACACAUACACACGAUAGCAUCAGAAAACAAAAAAAGUUCUACUUUUUGGAAUGUUUGUGUUUUCAUUUUCUUUCUGCGCCUUAUUGUAUCACAGCCUUUCAGUGACGAUCACCGACAAAUAACCUCACAAUCCUCAUUAACUGUUUGUGUGUGUGUGUGUGUGUGGAGAUUAUUCCUGGGUUUGCCUGUUU